AUGUCUUCUGUGAGGUCGGGGAGAGCUGUGAUAUUCGCGAGCUUAACGGUCAUGGCGUACGACUAUGUAUGCACUCUGGAGAAAGAGAUCAACUACGUCUGGAAACAGCCAUUCAUGAUGGGCUGCCUCCUGUUCUACAUCAAUCGUUAUCUCCCAUUCGUAGUCCUGAUGCUAGCUAUCAGCAUCAUGCUUCCUGACGUCGAUCCCGAGACAUGUUAUGUGCGGUUCAAAGUGAUAUGCUGCCUCGUCAUGCUCAGUUUCAUCGUGUCACAAAUCAUUUUGAUUCUACGAACGUACGCUAUGUGGGGCCGGAAACGUUGGGUAUUGAUUUGCCUACUAUGCACCGGAGUUUUUUGCCUUUCACCUUCAAUUGUGAUCACCCUCGCCGUCGUCGUCCCGGCGCUCCACUUCGAGCCAGUCAGAAUAGAUGGCCCAGGCUGCAGGGUUACUGCUGCAAGCAAUCUGAUCGCAGUGCCCUACCUUCUAAUCCUCAUCUCCGAAACCGUCGUCGUCGGUCUGACCCUGGUUAGGACCUACAAAUAUCUGCGAUACUCCAACUCGACAUGGAUACAUCAGCUGCAUCAGCAAGGGCUUCUCUUCUACGGAUACAUGUUUAUAAUCACCAUCUCAAACACCAUCUAUCCCUUCCUCGUUCCGUCGCAUCAGAAGAACAAUCUCGCCAUGAUACAGCAUAUGGCUCACUCCCUACUCUGUAGUCGCGUUAUCUUCCUGAUCCUCGAGCAGCGAGAAAAGCUCACGAUGACCCACGCCACGACCGUCCCAAACCGCUCUUUAGUCCUAUCCACCGUGAUGUUCGACGGCGACGGCGACGUCUCCCUCGCAGAUAUAUAG